UAAGGUUGCAUUUACAUGUACUCUGGUUUUGUUCAUCUUGUUUCUUCAGGAUGCAGUGCUGUGUGAGUGCUGGGCUGUACGUGCUAGCUAGUAAAGUCAAAUGCUGUCAUUAUAUUGACCGCACAGUCACGUGACCUCUGCGUUGGGCUACACCCCUUUGUGUUCCCAGCUGCUUAUAUAAGUACUUAAUCUCUUGGGAGACUGAGAGAAAGAGAUGAGCCAGAGUGAGUCAAACCAUCCUUCUGAAGUCACUGAAGGGUCAAUGAACCAGGCGGACUGGAAAUAAGUUCUCGAACCUCGCCAACGUUUUCUGCAAUAGCUGUAAGUAUUUCAUUUUAUUGAGUAACUCUAGUGAGCCAAUGGGAUAGACCUCACACUGUUGGUGAAAUUCUGCACAAAGUUAUACUGGUAGGGGUUACCAUAGCAAUCAGGCCUACAAGUCCUGGUGCUGCAGGAGACAAAGAGCCAGCAGCUGAGCAGAAAGCAGCAAAAGAUCGAGCCCAGGCACAGACCCAGUGAAGACCAGAGACUGUCCACUGCACCUCCAUAGAGGCUCAGAGACACCAUGUUCCCCUGUAGACUGACUGUCCUCUUACUACUGUCACACAUAACUAUGAUGCUGGCAGAGCCCCCUGGCUGCAAGAUUCGGAUUACAUCCAAAGGGCUUGAGAUGCUAAAAUCUGAGAUCCAGAAAUUUGUGAAGGAAGAACUGGGGAAUAUCACCAUUCCGGAUCUGCAGGGCAAGGAUGGUGUCUUCCAGUACAAAAUUCAAGAUGUGAAGAUCAAUGAACUGAAAUUCACCUUCGUAGACCUACGGUUCCAGCCAGAUGUUGGUCUGGUUUUUGAGGCCCACAAUUCUUCCAUUUCUCUGAGCUUCCAGCGACAGAUCCAGUACUGGUUAUUACAUGAUGAGGGGGUCAUCAAUGCCUCAGCAGAAGACGUGAACAUCCACACAGCCCUGCACUUGAACAAGGACACGUACGGUCGCCUCAAGAUCUCCAACAUCUCCUGUGAUGCCAGCGUUGGAAAAAUGCGCGCCAAAUUUAGCGGAACCCUAGGGAGGGUGUAUGACUUUUUAGGUACCUUUCUGACAACAGCCAUGCGUCUCGUUUUAAACCAGCAGAUCUGCCCUGCUCUGAAUCAUGCUGGUUUAGAAUUGAUGAACUCCUUGUUGGAUACAGUUCCAGUUCGGACAACUGUAGACAAGUACGUAGGGGUUGACUACUCCCUUCUGAGUGAUCCACUUGUGACAUCCAAUAACCUUGACAUGGAUUUCAGGGGAAUGUUCUUUGAGCUCCACAACGCGAGCGACACACUGGUGAACUACGCUGUCUACCCAGUGGUCAGGGAGUAUGACCGCAUGGUCUACCUGGCCCUGUCUGAGUACUUCUUUGACAGUGGAAUGUACGCCUACUUCAAAGCUGGGGUUUUCAAGAUGGUCAUCGCCAAUGAGAAGAUGCCAAAAGACCUGGAGAUGCUACUGAGGACAACCUAUUUCGGCACGAUAUUUAUGCUGAACCCUGCUCUGGUAGAGGCCCCCAUCUCCUUGCACCUAGAGGUGACCAGCGCUCCACACUGCGUCAUCAGGACAUCGGGGGCCAGCGUGGCCGUCACCUCUGUGGUCAACUUGAUGGUGCUGCCUCCCGGGCAGCCCCCUGUGCAGCUCAGCAGCAUGACCAUGGAAACCAAGCUAAAUGCCAAGGUUUCGAUGAAGGGCAAGAGGCUGGCUGUUCAGAUGGAUCUGAGAAAGUUUAAAAUCUACUCCAAUCAGUCUGCUCUGGAAUCAUUAGCACUCAUCCCCCUGCAGGGCCCCUUGAAGGCAAUGCUACAGCUUUCCAUAGUACCCAUCAUCAACAAUCGAACGAAGAAAGGAGUUCAGAUCCCACUUCCGGAAGGGAUGGACUUCAUGGAGGAGGUGGUGGAGUAUCACAAUGGGUUCAUCAUCAUUGGAGCCAACCUCCACUUCACUGAAGGGCUGAGGGAGGUGAUCGAGAAGAAUCGACAGGAGGGGCCGAGCAACAGCACCGCGUCCCCCUGAGCUGGAGAUUCCUCUGUCGUCCGCUGGGCCUCAUCACGGACCUGCAGUUUCUCGCCUCUUGCAGAUUCGCACUUUAAAAUUUACCAUUUACUUAUCCAUCAGGAGAAGUAAAACCAAGAACGCGCAGGGAUGAAUUUAGAGACACUGACUGCUCAAACUGCAUGCAUCGAGGCUGUAAACGGAGGAAAAAAGUAAUACGCUACAUACUGUACACACAAAGCCGGAUUCAAACCCAGAAACUGAGGCAACAGCACCAACCCUUCAACAACCACAUCAGGUCCUACUUCAGAAAGCGUAUCCAGACCAGAUUUGUCAGUGUGUGCACUCAAAUGCUCACCAGGAAAUAUUUACAGCAGCAAAUCUACUUCUUGUCGGAUAUGUAAAUAUUCUGACACUGCAAUCACGCUCCAUUUUGCAUAGCUAAAAAGAACCCAAACAUUCCACUGUAUUAAAAAAACAGGACCAAACAGGUCUGAAGACAUGGUUUUAACAAUUGAAGUGAUUUUACAGUUUUUGGAGUAAUCUUAGGACUGAGAGAUGAAAAAUUCUUACAUAUGCUCAUCCUCUGUUCUUUAAAACUGUUUUUAUUGUAUGAUUUCCUUUCCACACCAGUAAUCCUAUAUAUAUAUUUAAUUCUUUUUUUUGAACGAUAAACUUAGUUUUCAAACUGAAAUAAUGUAUCUUGGCUUUCCUAUUUCUAUUGUCCUAGUACAUAAUUAUUGAGUAACCAGCCAUUUUUCAUCUUUUAUUUUUUUGGAAAAAAUAAACAUUUGUAUGAAAGGAAAAAAUAAAAAGUGCUAAUCAAGGCAA